CAUCGUUGGUCGAGUCGCUCCGAGUUCGGGCAUUUCGUCCCCUGUGACGCGAAACCGUGACUUCCUACAAAAGACAUCCCACCCCACCUCCUUCUCUUCCCUAUUCUUCUUCACUCGUAUUUUCGUAAGCAUAAUGAAAGUCUAAAACCAAAGUAUAACCCCAAAAUCCGUGCCGCCCUCGAAGUUCGGACAAUGAGACAUAGUCACGAUUAUUAAAUCCUCUUCGGGGGUUGCUGUGAAAACAGACCCUGGUGAAAGUUCGAAAAGUCGACAUCGUCUCACGUGAAUGUUUACGCAGUCGUGCGAGAAGCAUGCUCGGGUCCAAGAUCAGGUGACUAGAGGAGCAGAUUCCUCUAAAUCGAAGAACAGAAGAUCCCGAUAGUUUCAGAAUCUACGAUGGAAAAACUCGGGACAUCACAUUUACAGGGUUCGACAAUUCCUGGCCGUUAAUUAGGAGUUCUUCCCGCCCGGUGCGAACUCGUUCGAACUCGCGCGCCGCCAUUUUGGUUCGCGCCGGUCACGUGAUCCGUGGAGUGAAAAAGUUCACCAGGGUGAUAAUUCUCAGCGGGAGAUAAUUAAACACUGAGUAUUUUGCGUGGAUUGGUUGACCCGAUAUCGGUGAGUGACACUUAGGUGUCAAUUUGUACAGAUUUGCAUUAAUCGGUGCUUAAUUACUGGCUGAGAAGAAUUACCGGUAUCGAGGUGAAAGUGACGGGACUCACCGCCGCCAUCUUGGGCCCCGCGCCGAUUCGAAAGUCGCCCGGCACUUUGAGAUCGAUUUUAUUGAGGGAUCGUUCAAGCAAAAUCAUUGUAUAAAAUGACGCGGUGACUAUUUUCUUCGAGCUGUGACUAUGACGGGGGCCAGGGACUUUGACGAGUGUAGUGUUAAUUAACAAUUCGUUGCGUCAUUGGAUCUUCUUUUGGAGGAAUCGGCGAAUUCAAAAUGGCGCCCGAUUUUGCUGUCUUGUUCCGCUGGUUAGGGCUUUUAACUCUCAUCGUCACAGUAAAAGGAAGCAAUCGGGAAAACGAGGAGGCCGACGCCGACGUCCAGGAUUAUGGGACUUACGAGGAUUACAACGAAUUCAUCGACGCGACGACCUACGGAUUCGACGUGGACAGUUCAUCCAGUCCCAAAGGAGGUUCCUUAGAAUUGUUGAAAGGACUGUCAAAUAUGACAAAGGAAACCGGAAGUGCGGUGCAUAUGAGGUGUGAGGUCACAGGGGAUCCAUUGCCAUCGAAAAUCAGGUGGUUCAAGAAUGAUGCACCCCUUGGAAAAGAACCAGGAAGAAUCGUGACGAAGAAGGUGUACCCCCAGGCGAGGGCUCACCCGAGGAGGAGUGUCUUGGGAAGUAGAUUAAAAAUCGUCAGACUGGAUGUCAACGACAUGGGAUUUUAUACAUGUCGGGCGAGAAAUGGCAAGGACUCCAUACAAAGCGAAGGAUUUUUGCAAGUGAAGACGACUCGUCAUGCUGGGAAAGGGGCUAGUCCUACGAGCGAGGCUGCGGGACACUCGCCGAUUGUGCCUAAUUUUUUCGAUCGAUUGGACAACACGACCAGCGAUGUUAGAAUGACUGUAUCAGGAAAUGGAGCCUCAACUCCACACAUGUCUCACCCACCGGCGACUAACGCCUUUGGUGCUUUGCCUCCGAGCUCUCAGCCCACCAGUUCACAGUCGAGUACGAUGGAUCUCACUGCAUCGAGCGGCCUUAGUAAUGUCAAUAUGCAACUACUGUCAGGAGCGACGAACCUCGCCAGCCUACCCGGAGCAAGUUCUAUGCCUGCGCGAAAGGACAAUCAUGAGGGAAGUUGUGAGCUGUACAUCGGUGAAACGUGUGCAAAUUUUGUUGGAAAUCAGUCCGUCUACAUCCUGUACCCGAUGACACAGAAGCUGUUGGAGGAUAAAUUGACACAAGCAUUUCGUGUGAUUAACUACUCAAACGAACUGUCCUCCAACUGUGAAAGUUACGCAAAGCCAUCCUUGUGCUAUUCCACCUUUCCGAUCUGCAGAGACGGACUGAAGAACAAGAAACCCAAGAAUUCCGAGGCCAGUACGCAGCUAUUUAAUCUACUCAACUCCAAUCAGGGUGAACUUAACGAAGAGAAUGACGGUGACGAGAGCGUCGAUGACAUCCCGAGAUCUCGCAGACUCCCUCGGAAGCGGAGUGCAAAAUUUGGACCGGGCAUUGAGUCCAUUCUGGAUAAAGAAGGAAAAGUACCAAACCGAAGACUAAUCGGACACAGUUACGGAGACACAAGGUCUGCUGCGAGGAACGAACUUAAUCGUCGAUUGCGAAGAAUCUGCAGGGCAGAGUGCGAAAUGUUGGAAAACGAAUUGUGUCGUAAGGAAUAUGCAAUUGCCAAGAGACAUCCGUUGAUCGGACAGCAAGUGCCUUUGGUAAAAUGUUCCGACCUGCCCCUGGAUGGCUCCGAAGAAGCUGUCGACUGUCUCAGUCUCGGACUCUCCACUGAACACAAUAUCGAAGAAAACGAUUACUGCUUCUGGCGUAGUGGUAAUCAAUAUCGAGGCGUAACGAACGUGAGUGCUUCGGGACGUCCAUGUCUUCGGUGGUCAGAACAUUUUAAUUUGCCAAUCGCGGAUUAUCCAGAGUUAAGAGGAAAUCACUCCUACUGUCGAAAUCCUGGAGGUAACGAAGCUCAGCCUUGGUGUUACGUAGACUCCAACCACAAAAUGCUGAAAGAGUUCUGCGAUAUACCAAGAUGUGAAGAUUUGCUGAUCUAUGCCGUAGUGGCUGUUGUCCUAAGCGGUGGAUUCGUCAUCAUCCUGGUUUGUUACUGCUGCUGCUACAAAAGCAGAAAAUCCAGAAGACACACGAACCACUUGCCCUCGAACAAGAUGUUGACCGGUAUGCAGUGCGACAAGAACAUUUACGACGGAAGACGGAGCACGACCCAGCCCAUGGAGAUGAGUUCCCUCCUAGCGGGUCCGGGUAACACGACUCCAGGAACAGGAACUCUGAGCAGCGGCAGCAGCAGAACUUCCAACAAUCGAGUGCCCCAAUUUACGGUAAACAAUGUGACCUUCCUCCAGGAACUCGGAGAGGGUGCCUUCGGAAAGGUGUACAAAGGCGAACUUCAGAGCGACAGCAAAUGCGAAGGCUCAAUCUACGUAGCUGUGAAGACCCUGAAGGAGAACGCCAGCCCGAAGACCCAGAGCGACUUCAAGAGGGAAGUCGACCUGAUGACCGACCUGAGACAUCCGAACAUCAUUUGUUUAUUAGGAGUCGUGUUGAAGGGGGAACCUAUGUGCAUGCUCUUCGAGUACAUGACCCAGGGCGACCUGCAUGAAUUUCUGAUCUGCCAUUCCCCGAGGUCCGACGUCCCCCUGAACAACGGGAACGGGAAGAUUCUGGAACAACCCGAAUUUCUGCACAUAGCGCUGCAGAUUGCAUCCGGAAUGGAAUAUCUAGCUGGACAUCAUUACGUCCAUCGCGACCUGGCGGCGAGGAACUGCCUGGUGGGCGAUAGUCUUACCGUGAAGAUCUCGGAUUUUGGACUGUCUCGAGACAUCUACAGCAGCGAUUAUUAUAGAGUUCAGUCCAAGAGUCUACUUCCGGUGCGAUGGAUGCCACCAGAGUCCAUCCUCUACGGGAAGUUCACGACUGAGUCCGAUGUCUGGAGCUUUGGCGUCGUGCUCUGGGAGAUCUACAGCUACGGCUUGCAGCCAUAUUACGGCUACAACAACCAGGAAGUGAUCGACAUGAUCCGCUCCCGACAGCUUCUGCCCUGCCCUGAGGACUGUCCAACAAUGAUCUACAGUCUGAUGAUAGAGUGCUGGCACGAGGUGGCGAACCGCAGGCCCCAGUUCCCUGAGAUACAUCAUCGUCUUCACAACUGGUACACGAAUCAGACGUACUUGAGCGACUUCUGUAACGAGUCGGUCGCGAGUUACGGCAGCGGCCACAAGGUUGGCCGAGGGAACUCCACGGCGCCGACCUUCAGGAACGACUCCCUGAAGAGGGCGGACCCUCUCUUCAAGGCCAACCACGAGUCCCCCUUGUGCGCCGUGAACGACCAUGGGCAGACGAUAAAGUCCCUCCCUGUUAACGUCGGUAACGUCCACAACCCUAACUCCAUGGCUGACCAGAGGACGCAUGCGUCCUUCGGCCUUGAGCACAACUCUUCAGGGACUCCGGUGAAUUUCCAUGGUGGAAACGUUAACGGGAACCAUGUAGAGUACGAGGACAAGAUGUGCUGCUCGCCUAAAUUGAGCGGGGCGAAGAAAGUACUGCCGACCACCCCUCAGAUGGCGACCUCGAAGAGCAACAACGCGAACGGGACCAGACCCUUGCAGAAUGGGGCGCAGCUCGUCGUCAGGUUACCGGACCCCAGCAAGAUCGCCACCGAGACCAGGGUCUCCAAGUGACGGGGUGAAGAAAGAGACGGUGAUCCGUAGGGGUCGGUCCUGGUUCCCGGAUUCGGGGACCAACCUGGGGCCACUGGAGCGCGUCGUCGGGCCAUGGCUGCCGCUUCCUGAGCGGCUGGAGGUACCCUGGGAUUUUUUUUACAAAGUCUUCGGGAACUAACUUGGACUCGUUUCUGGAAGGAAAGGCGGAUCUAGAGUCCGGGAAAAAAUAGAGGUGGUGGAUACGCAUGACGGUGGAGGGUCCUCAGGUGGAACCGUGGUGGAAAUCGAGAUGACCUUGUAGGUGGUACCAGUUGGCGCACCUCGUUCUUAAGUUACGUUGCUUAAGGUACUUGAAGAAGUAGCUAGGUAUCUCAAGAAGUAUUAUCCUCGGUAUUCGGCACGCGCGCCGGAAUUGCGUGGGGUCGACCUGAACCUGUCCCUCGAUUCCUGGAGUCGUCGCUUUUAAACUGACUAUGGACUCACAGAUAACGGAAAUCUCCGUUUUUUUUUCUGUGAUACCUUGAAGAGAGUUGCCGGGAGUUCCGUGUUGGGGCUUGAAGAUGAACAUUAGGGGCGAGGUCAUACACAUGAUCGCAUUGAAAAUGACUUGGACACUUCAGAAGUAAAACGGCGGACGGGCCAUCCUCGACUUUCCCGAGUAUUCUCGCGUCCUGAGAUUAAUGUAUAUAAAUGUGACUUUCUCGAGGAAUUACCUUUCUAGGGAUGAAUCGCGACUGCCAAUGCGAUGGCCCGGAAGCUGGUCGCUUCCGAGGCACUUUGGAUAUAUAUUUCUUUUCUCUUUUUAUAUCUCGUUUCCAAAGCAUUUCCCUUCGGAGGCGACGCACCUGUAACUAUCGUACUGCCUAGCGGGGCAUUCGAUUGUAUUUAAUAUUAGUAUUUAUUUAUAUGUAUUUUUAUUUCGGGGGAAAUGCUGAAGUCCUUACACGUCGGAUUUCCCGACUCGCGAUUUGAGAACAAUUGUUGUUAACCCUUUAACGGUGGAAUUUCAUCUAUAUUUUUUUUUUUUCAAAUCAAGCGAUGCCGCGUACUCCUUAAUUAUGACAAAAUGACUGUUAGUACUAGUUAUAUUGUAAAAAUAUUUUAUUGUUUAAAAAUGUACAUGUAACAUUAUGUCACGGGAUUUUACUCGUCAAUUUCUCGAAAAUGAGUGUUCUCGGUAAAUUCCGUUAAAGGGUUAAAUAUCGACUGAUAGACUUCGCGUGUCGCGAUAAUGACCCACUUUUAAUCGCUCCGACAGACAGGCAAAUCGUUCGUCAUUAAUCAUCGAUUACCCCCUUAUCCCGCGAAUCGUUAUAUCUAUUUAAUUGCGAUUCCUCGAUUUUAACCGAGCCUAAUUAACUCUUUCUCGCCAACCGCCGAUAAAGUAUUUAUUUAUUAACGCGAACGAGGGAACUUUCUGCCGACUUGUCGGUAGUACUUUCGAAGCCUGAAAGAAAGAAAAAAAGAAAAAAGAGAGAAAGGAAAGGGUAAUAACAAUGACUGCCGGGAUAUUUCCAGUCGACAUUGCAAUAAUUAACGACUUCGAGAACACCUGACUGAAUCGCGAGUUUUGUCCGCACAAAAUGCGAAUUUUCGGGAUAUUUACACUGUUGUAAUAUGUGUACAACACUGCGAUCCGUCGAUUGUCAGUUUCGACGUUAGUGAUAAGACUUAAAUGUACACUGACAAAAGGGCAGUAAGUCUUAAACGUCCACCGAUGUGAAUUUACAUACUCCGUCAUUGGUUGUUUCGAUGGCACAAUAAAUCCCAAUUAAGUUACGUUGUCUCCGUAACAUCAUAUUCAGAUUCUAAGGGAAGUUAAGGGAAAUUAUAACGUAAUGUUACAAUUUAAUUCAGAUACACAAUGCAUUUUUUUUUUUAUAUAUAUAUAUGAAACUGGUUACGAGGUGACUUAAAAUGUAUGUAAAUUUCCAUCGAUCUUUAUCAGUGUACUUGGCGCGAGACUCUGCCGAGCGAAGGUGGACUAUUAACGGCUCGUUGAAAAGGGAAUAAGAGUCGAAUUACUUUAACAAUAAACGUUUUUUAUCGACGAAUCUUCCGGCGUAGAAAGACCUGAGAGCCCUUCGGAGGAAAGGGGGCGAGUACAAUACUUUUUAUAUCAUUUUUUAUCGCGAUUUGGACGCGCGAAUUUAGUCCACGUGGACGUCGGUUUUCGAGGGACGAUCCGAGAAAUCGUUUCUAGCCCCUCGGAGAGGACCUUUUUUUAAUUCAAAGACGAAGUAGCGAAGUGGAUCGUUUCCGUAAAGUCCACUUCGCCGGUUCGUCACGAGGAUCUAGGCUUAAUAUUAAUUUAUGUCGAGCGUCAUACGGCGAGCGAGGAUGUAGUCGUAUAAGUCCUUUAUACAUAUAUUCAACGGAAUACAAUAUACAAUUUAAUGUUUUUGUA